AUUCCAAAGGGAAAGAGACUGAUCGUAGUUUGAAUCGCGGAGUAAUCGAAAUUGUUUCAAUUAAUUAAUUUGUGAUGAUAGUACAUUAAUAGUCUUACCUCGUACAUUCUAUGGGUGUAGAUGUUGGUAUUGGUUACUGCUGGUUACUCUCAGUUUUAAAGUGUGGUAACAGUAUUGAGUGAGGAUGUGUGUAGUUUAUGUUGACACCUGUUAUGUUUAAAUUAUUAAUAUUGAUGUGCUUUCGUGUGAAUAUUGCCAUGUAUUGAAAACAAAAUGGAGGAUCUCCUUCUGCAAAUCGUUAAAGAAGCUUCCAGUACCAAGCUGUCAGUUCUUCGAAAGUCGGCGCAGGAAGCCCAUGAUUUUCUAGAGGCGCAGCAGGGCCUGUUACGUGACCCAGCACAUGACUUGAGAGCAAAAUGUCUGCAUGCCUUGCAGCUUGCGUUGGAGACAAAGCGAAGCAAGUUUGUGGCAUAUGGUCUCUCUGGCCUUCAUAAACUUGUUCGAGAUGACCGUUUCCAGUCCAACUUUGAGCCAGAAGACGAUUCCCUGUGGCUUCCGUCACAGCUGUUGCAUGCCAUGGGUUCCAUUCUUACCCAGUCAGAUGACACACAAGUUGAUAUGCUGAAGGUGCUUCUAAACGUGGCAUGCAGCAACUACUGGACUAUGAAUGGGAGAAUUAUCAUACAGAUAUUGACUGUAUGUAGCGAAGCACAUGAGACUGGCAACCAGGCUGUUCGUACAGCUGCUCAGGCAGCCACCAGUCAGACUCUCAGGUCUUUCUGCAACUUCCUCGAGGAAGAAUCACAGGAACUGGAUAAGAGUUUGAAGCAGACUGGUGCCAACUGUGAUGGAGGUUCUGGUGUGUCAUGUUUCAAUGAGGUGAUUCCCAUCCUGCAGUUCAUCUGUAGCAAAAUGGACGAGGCACAGGCUGUGGGGAGAUGUGGUAACAGUGUAGUGUUCCUGCUGGAGUGUCUGCACACACUUGUCUCCAGCCUACCUCAACAGAUUCAUAACAAUCACCACUUCACGGCUUUCCUGUGGCAGAAAUUCUGUCCUGCUCUGAUAGCUUUCCUUGGCUCGCCUCGUGUGGACAAGCACAUUGUGUCACGAGGUCAGGCUGGAACUCGGGAGGGAGCAGAAGUGCAGGGUCGUGGGUCUGGCUGCCUUGCUACAGCCCCCAGCUUCAACAGCUCAGAGGCAAAGACGGUGUACAGUAUUGGCACACAGUUGGUGCGUCUUGUUGGGUGUGUCGGUUCCCUGAGGCCUGUCUUGGAGUCUGUGUUCCAUCGCAUGCUAUUGUAUCCACCACCUCAGCAUCGCCUUGAGGCUCUGAAGUCACUACGAGAGUUACUGCGAAGCCCAAGCCGCAUUGUGGAUUUUGCUGGUCCAAUUCUGGUGGAGGAUGACAAGGGAUCCCAACAGCAGAGUGAUAUGGCACUUAUGAGGCUAGUGAUGGAUUCUAUUGAGGAGUGCAGCAAAUGUGUAGAUUCAGCUGUAUGCAGUGCCAGCGUGGCAUGUAUUGUUGCUAUGUUGGGCUCACUGGAGGAGCUCUGUACUGGAAAAGGGAUUACUCACACCUACAUGGAUCGUAUCAAUGGCAUGUACACGCAGCUGGACCAGUGCGACUACCAAGGUCCAUUAACUUACCAGUCCUUGCUUCGACUUCCAAAACCAUAUCGAGACUGCAUUGAGCGUGAAUUGUUGGCUUCCCAGACUGGUGUGAGUGUAGGAGGAGAGGGGUGUGAUGAAAGCGACAGCAGCAGCGGUAUUGAACAGGGGGAUGAGCCCCCACAUGUGCUCCGACCCCUGUCACAGUGCAGUGAUGGCAGUAAUGCUAGUUCAGGGUCAGGAGACACAGAGGGCCCAGAAGAAGGUUUUACCAGUGAUCAUGUGCAGGUGGAUGAAAUGAUGGAGCAGGCUGAACGCCAACGAGAACAACAAGAGGCACUGAGGUUAGAGAAACUGCCCCGUACGCUGCACCAUGGAGAUGACAUGGCUGUUCACCAGGUUGGUGAAGAAUAUAUUGAUGUGGAGAGACACAAUGCGCGCCGGUUUGUUCAGACACUUCAGAAUUUUGUGCCAUCACUACUGACACUGCGCAGCUCCAUUGAAGUUGAUGAGGCUGUCCAGGAGUUCUCAGCAAAGUACUGCCAAGGCCUGUUUUCCCAGCAGCAGAUUUCACCAAACAAUACUAGCAGUACACACAAUCUCACUCUUAUAACCAUUAUCAAUGCUGACGGAAUUUACUUGGCCUCAUAUUCAGCAUUACUUCUGAACCUGAAACUUAUCAAACAGGGCUACUACCAAGAUCAACAUAUGAAACCAGUUCCAAUGACAGAGGAGCAGUUCGUAGAGGGUGUGCAUGGCAGUGGGGUGCUGGUCUACCUUUCUGACACUUGGUUGUCAGAGCUCUACCAAAACAUCCUUGCUUCAAGCCUACUUGAGAAGUGUGGCUACAGUACUAACACCAGCAAUAACUACGCCCUCAUUAACCUUCUCACAGAUCUGGAUGGUCUGGGAAGCUGUCAGCAGGGUGGCCAACUUCUGUCUGAUUGUCAGCGACUAGAGAGGGCUGCCACACAUGUUGAUACAAGCCCAGAAGUAGAUGCAGGUGUGAAGCUGUCUCGUCGUGUCUUGAGCUGCUGCUGGGACUCAAUGCUUUCGGUUCUCUCGGCUGGCCUAGGUGACCUCAGAGGUCAGCUGGGUGUCACAUCUAGCUUGGCACUGUUGCUAGGGUCAGAAGUUGCUCGAGAGGAACAUCGCAGGGCAAGGGAAAGUAUUGUGGCGAGUCUUGAAGGUCUUCAGAAGGCUGCCCGCCUCAGCAAUAUUCUAGGAUUGCAGAAUCGAUGCGGUAGUGUGUUCUCCCUGCUUGCGGCAGCAGCCUGUCCAGAUCACAGUACUGGUGGUAGAGGGGAGUCCCCUGGUAGACGCAGAUUGGGACGACCUCGUGGCAUGCUCAAGUUGCUGCAGAAACAACACAGGCUCCACACUUCGCAUGCUCUCAGUAUGGAUGUCCUGUUGGGCCGAGGACUGGAGCUUGGUAGCCACAGCCCAGAUUGUUGGACCCAUGUGUUUAGAUGUUGUGUUUAUGUUAGCAAAUUGGAGCAUGGCUUCUUUAGCCAGUCACAAAACAGGAAUUUGGGUCCAAAACUGGCUAUAAAGCAGUCAGCUUCAAACAGCGAUAAAAAUUUAAAUAUGGAAAGACCAAGUUUCUUAGCCCAGGAUGAUGAGGAGACCUGUGUUGAUGUGUACAGCUUCUUGGCAGCUCCCAGUGCGCCUGUGGCAAGUUCUGGAAACAUCACAGAUCUGAUUCAGGAGAGCAAUGCAGAUAUCACAUCACAGGGGGUGUUGAGUUAUCAGUAUGCAGCUAGGGUGAGCUGUGUACUGUCACAGCAAGUUGAUAGGCUCUUUGAUGAUGCUGCGCUGAAGUUGAAUCUGAAAGCCCAGACUAGUUUCCUAGCAGCACUGGUUGCAGCAUCACAGGUGCAGUUGUUCUCUACACUUUCGCAGCAUGCAGGAUCUUCUGGUACUCCUGGAUCAGGGAAGCUGUGGUGGCCACGACGAGCUCAGUCCCCCAGAGGCAGUACUGGAUCUCUGUCAGGAGACUUCCAGUUGCUGCUGUUACAUCGGGUUGGUGAUGUGAUGCUGAAAACUGUUCGCAGUGGUCGUCCUCUUAUUCAUGUGAUGAGAGCUUGGUCAGUUGUUGGACCUCACCUCAUGGAGGCGGCUUGCCACAAGGAGCGUGCAGUCUCGAAGAAGGCGGUGGCCUGUAUUCAUGAUACAGUUACAGCGGUGCUAAAUGAGCAGGCAGAGUUGCCCCACUUUCACUUCAAUGAGGCAUUGUUCAAACCAUUUGAAAACCUGCUCUGCUUGGAACUAUGUGAUGUUGAUGUACAGGACCAGAUUAUAAGCUGCAUCUGCGAAUUUGUUGAAGCAAAUAGAACAGAAAUUCGAUCUGGCUGGCGGCCCUUAUUUGGAGCACUGCGUGUUGUGAAGCUGUCAAGCAGUCAUUCUCAAGAUGAAACCAGCAGUAGCCAUUUACAUGCUUUACUGGAUGUCUUUGAGGUGUUCCUAGAUACAGACAAUCUACUUGUGUUCUCCAAUGCUGCUGUUGACUGUAUCCUAUGCUUGCUAAAGCAUGUUCGUGGCCCCAGCGAACUUGAAGAUGUGCCUCCUGGCGGCAGUGAACCCUCUGGCUGUGACGGCUCUGAUUCAGACCCAUCACUGGAACUGUGCAUAGCCGCGCUGAAGUUCCUCACUCGCUGUUCUGGUAUCCUUGCUUCUAUGUACAGCAUGCCAGCCUGUCCCAUGUUUCACACAGCUCAUAGGAUUCAGCUGAAUAACUGCCCGCAGCAAGUGGAUGCCGUGCUGCCAAACAUGGAAGUGGUUCGAUUUGAUGGCGAUGACGAGGACUUUGAGACAAAUGAUGUAAUGUAUAGACCAUUGUGGCCUUUGCCAACUGAUAUGUAUUCAUUGGAUGCCUUGGACCAGCCCAGUGGUGUCUUACGUGUGUGGUUCUUGUUGUUGGAGGGAUUGGCUAGUGCUACUGUGACGUGUCCUCACAAGUUCCAACCCCACACUCUCGACACGCUGUUUCAGCUCCUUAGAGAUCUCAUACAUGUGCCAGGUCCGGAGUUUGCCUUAUACUGCGUCAACCACCUGUUGCUGCCUAUGGUACAAAACUGGCUACGCAAAACUAGCCGCAUCUUCCGUGGUUGGGACAACUUUGCGCCCAACUUUAAGCAGUGCUGUGGUCUCACUACCGACCUUGUAGUAGACUUUCUCACCCAGUUGCAGCAAGGCGCAAAAUCUCCCAGCAUGCCUCAGGCCACACUGAUGUUGAAACAGCUGAUGUUAGUAAUGGUGGAGUGUGUUGUGCAGCCAACAGAAAGCAUUGCAAGGCUGGGCUGUGCUUGUAUAAGACAUGUGAUCCUGAGUGCAGGCCCAGUUCUAACCUCAGACCAGUGGCACAUCGUCUGUCUUACUCUGCACAGAGCGUGUUCUGUGUCCUUACACUCACUGCAGCAGCUGAUGGUAGCAUUCCGCUCUGGCUCUCACAGCUUCUAUGGUGAUGUGGGUCAGGUGAAAGUUGCAGCACGCAGGGACUGUACAGCAAGGGAGAGUGAUCGUCUCAAACAACUGGCACAGCAGGUAUUCUUACUUGAAGGACAGCGCGAUGUGUCAGGGGGGCACUGCUCCCAUUCUGGCAGUGUUGGAGAUGGUGGAGUGACAUCAGUUGGGAGUUCAGUUGGAGAAGAGAGGAGCUAUAUAUUCCUGCUCUACCCUCCAGACCUGAGCCAUACACUGAACCCUGACCUGUUCAUAGUGAGGGUGCCAUUCCGCAACCUGGUAGUGGGUCUCCUGGCCCACCAGAUGCUGCUGCAGACCGUGGGCAGUGUGUUGCUGCAAGGAACAGCCCACGUUAUACCCAGCUUAGCUAAUGUGCUGCUUCAGAGCCCAGCAUGUGCCCCUCUUGACAACUCUGGGGAGGAACAGCAGAAGCUGUCGGGCCUCAUGCGCUUCAUGUCACCGCUGCACAUAGAGACACUUCUCUCCUGCCUUGAUCUCUCUUAUGAACGUGCCAUAGCCUUUGACUCACGACCAGGUCUCAAGUUUCUGGUGCAGAGAGUAGCAGAACUGGAGCGAGCGGCCAACCUUUAUCGUCAGGCUGGUGCAGCAUGGACUAUCAAGGUGGUGACGUUGUUUGAUUUAUGUCUUCAUGAAGUUGGCCGCAGUGGUGCCACGCUGGAUAAAGUGAAGAGGAUCUUGGAAGAUGAAUCUGCUGGAAAUACGAAGGAUGGUAACGCAGAUAACAAGCCAGACUCAGGUGAAAAAAAUAUGAAUGAUUCAGGGACAGUCAACUCAAUCAAAUUUGCACUUCAUGAAGGGAUUAUGCGAAGCCAUGAAUCUCCAAUUAGCAGUAGUUGUAAUGAGUAUGGAGACAUGGCUACAUUCCUGUAUCGCCUGCGGGCAAGUUUUGACCAGUUGUGUGAGACUUACGUUGAUGUAAUUCUCGAUAAAGAUGGACAGCAUUCUGCAGUUGAUCGUAUUGCUGACCAACCCAUCUUUUUCCUUAUCGCCCAACCUAAUGACUUCCCAGAGAUUCGACGUAAGGAAUCUCUCCCCCGUGCCUCUGUUACAUCCACCACCACUAAUAUCUCUUCAGAGGAGAAGAAAGAACUUCCACCCAUGAUGGAAACCCGCAGUUCACAUGGUAAUAUUGCCUUGUGUCAGGAUGCAUUGGAAGGUGAGAAAUCGAAUGUAAAUUCAGGGGAUCCUACUUGUGAAGCCAUACAAGAUGAUCUUAGAAGUGAUGGAAAUAUAUCUGUAAUGACGGAGAGAGAAUUGCCUGUUGAUUCAGGUGACGAAGAUGUUUUUGAAGAGCCAACAGAAAUGAAAGAUGAUAAAACAUCUGCUCGCCCAUUUGUCUUGGCGGAUUUUGCCCGAGAGCCUCUCUAUUCAACAAGUGAUAGUGAAACAGACAUGAGGGUCGAGAAUGCACCAGAAAAAGAUCAUUCUGGUGAUGAUGGUGAUGUAAAGGAAGAUGCCGUUUACAACGUGGCAGGUGAGAAGGAUGUAGCUAGUUUAAUGGGGGAAUACAAGAAGCGUAAGCAGACGAGAUCAAUGCCACUGAGGAAGAAUCCGUUCUGUUCGUCUAGAAUGGAUUCUCCUCCAUUGGGCCCCCCACUUCCAAGUCAGCCAGUGCCACCUGAGAUUGAGCAGCAGCGGCGCAACAGCUUAUACAGGGACAGUGAAGCUCACCGCAAAGUCUGGGCUGAAAUGCUUGGGUCAGUGUUUGACCUUCUUGCCCAGCUGGAUGACCUGCACUUCCGAACUCUUCUUCCUGUUCUGUUCCAUGGCGUUCGUCGACUAACAGCACACGCCACUGACCCAGGGCUAAAGCAGGCUGUUGCAGAAUUGUUUCACAGGGUUGCUAUGAUGUAUGGGUUCAGUCCUGAGUAAUAUAUACUUGCAUGUUCCUGUCAGUUUGUUUGUUGCUUAAGUUUCAUUGUUUCAAGUUGAGACAGUGUGAUAACUAUUGUCAGAAUUAUGUUCUUGUUACUCAUACUGAAUGAAAAAUAUUACCCUUGUUAUAUGUUUAUGAUGAUAUGUUUUUAAUGGUAUAGAGUUUCCUACCAUCAUUAAGAGCAUAUCAUAUUAUGUAACAGAACUUACUCUGAUUACAGACUGGACUAGUUUGUGGUGGAGCAAUUGGGAAUUAUUGGAAGUACAAUGAUUGACCUUUUGGACAUUACCCAUCAUCCUGUUCUUAUUUAAAACAAUGUUUCAGAGAUUGGACUGUGCCUUCUUAGUUGGGCCUAAUCAGUAGCACUAGUCAGAGAUGGAGAUAGAGUUCCAUCUCCAAAAUAUUAUUUUAAAUAUAAAUUAGAUGAUGGGUAAUGUUCAAAAUGUGAAUCAUUAUAUUACUAUACUGUCAUCACAAACUUUUAGAUUUUAAUUAUUGGAAGGUUCACAUAAUGAUUAAGGUACUGGGGUUAAUUAAUGCAGAAAGAGUUUAUAUGUGUGUGCACAUCUCUUGAUAGCACUAGAAAGAACAUCAGAAGCAUUGCAGUUAGCCAAAUUUGAUUUCUGAUUAAAUUAAGUUUACUUAAAUUAAAGGCCCAAUCUCCUAUCCAAUGGUUAUCAGGGGCUCCUUCCCUGGGGAUAAAGUGGCUGGGGCGUGAAACUGACCAUUCAUCUGAAUCUGGUGCCAAGGUUAAUAUAUACAGGGUUAUACCUUGGUUCUCCCUCAUGUCUUGGUACUUAAUUAAGCACAGGGACAGCUUUGUCCUAUUAAUUUAAAUUCAAAGUGUCUAUUCUUAAUUAAAUUGCAGCUUGUUAAUUUCAAAUUGGUAUUGCUGUAAAAAAGUACCAAGAUGUUUAAAGAGUGUGGCAUGGAAUAGAGACUUGAAUUUUCAAAAGCUGUUAUCAGCUGCUACUGAUAACUAUGCCAUUAGGGAGAACUUUGUCCUAUUAAUUUAAAUUCAAAGUUUCCAUUCUUAAUUAAAUUGCAGCCCCCAGCUUCUAACGGGCUGAAGUCCUUCAAACUAAGCCUUAAAGCUGAUUCUAAUGCCCAAGUAUUCACAUAAUGUCUAAGCAGUCCCUUCUCUUUAUAUAAAAAAUCUUAUCCAGAAAGCUGUAACUUGAAGGUUCCCAGCAUGGUUCCGUGUGUCCUCUAGCUCUUUUGCUCCACAAGUCAGAAGCCUGUACAUUGCUGGCAGAAUUUAAUAGCCAUUUCUGAUAUCGUAUUCAGUCAACUUAUUCAUUUAUGUUACUGGAGCCAAUUAAGGGCUUGUCCAGUUACAGUCAGUUACAUUUUAACAACUAUUUUACAAGAUGUUAUAGUCAAGUGGCCGGUCACGGUAGCCGAGCGAUCUAAGGCAUGCACUGUCUUCGCUCGCUCGGAAGC